AUGCCCCUUGCAGUAGUCGCGCGGGAAGCCCGGCCCUGCAUGCAUGCAUGCAUGCAUCACCAACCCUCACCCUCACAGGAAUGCACCACUGCACACAAACACGCCUUUCCGCUUUCCCUCUUCCCUUUCCUCCCCCAGCCCUUGCCUUGCCUUUCAACAAUGCAGCAAUCCUCCGGCCCGUGUAAUAACCUUAUAUAG